GUAGCCUACUAUCGCAGAGUCCCAACCACUGAAUGGGAAGCGUUACGAUUCAGCCAUAGACGCAAUCUCCUUUGUGGCUCAUUCUCAUCUUCUUUGGAAAUCAUCCGAAAGCUAUGUUUACUUUUAUUCCAAACACUUCAUUGCAGCAGUUAUUUUCUUCUACUCUUUGUCCCAAGAAAAAGCAUCGUUCUUCGUUAGGUUUUCACUAUUCUCGUGCUCAAACUGCAAAGGCUUCUCUUCAACCACUCUUAUGGGAACGUUGCAAGAAAGAUAUUGCCAAAGUACAGCAACUAUUUCAGAGUCUCCCCAUCGAUGGUCAACGUACUAUGCACACUGCUCUCGCUCUUGCACUUGCUUUUACUCUAUGUAUGCCAACAACAAGCCUUGCUUUAACAAGAUCAGAUAUUAGAUCCCUCACAUAUGAUCAAGUAAAAGGUACAGGUAUUGCUAGUCGAUGUCCAGAAGUGGAUACUGCAAAGGGUAUCAUCAAGUUGGAUAAGAACAAAAAAUACAAAUUGGUGGACCUGUGCCUGGAACCCAAAAGUUUCCAAGUCGAAGAAGAAUAUGUCACCAAAAGAGGUAAAGGAGAGUCUCGUCGCGAGUUUGUGGACGCAAAACUGGUUACCAGGGCGACCUACACUUUGUCUAAUAUUGAAGGAACGUUGAAUUUUGAAGAUAACGACUUGGUAUUUCGUGAACGAGAUGGUUUGGAUUAUGCAGCUUGUACGGUUCAAUUGCCUGGUGGAGAACGUGUUCCUUUUCUGUUUUCUAUCAAGAAAUUGGUCGCCAAAGCUGCCAACGUUGAUCAAGGCAUUAAUACUGCAACCGAAUUUGGUGGUCAAUUCAAAGUAACUGGAUAUCGUACUGGACUAUUCUUGGAUCCCAAAGGUCGAGGAGGAACUUCGGGUUAUGACAUGGCUGUUGCUCUACCAGCAAGGGAAGCGGAUGGAGCAGAAGGCCAAGAUGACUUGUUGAGAGAAAAUAACAAAACAUUCGAUGUUACAGAUGGUUCAAUAGAAAUGGCUGUAAACAAGCUGGAUCCAACUAGUGGUGAAAUUGCAGGCGUUUUCGUUUCUGAACAACUUUCCGAUACGGAUAUGGGAGCCAAGGAUCCUAAAAAAUUACUAUUGAAAGGUAUCUUUUAUGCUCGCGUAGUGGAAGAUGAUACCGCAGCUGAAUAGUUGUGGAACUAUUUCCAUCUGUUUCAGGGUUUCUUCUUCGUCAGUUGAUGAUAAAUAGUUGUUCAUGAUGGAGACUUUGUAUCGCAAACUAU